AUGACGGUGCUGCAGGAACCCGUCCAGGCUGCUAUAUGGCAAGCACUUAAUCAUUAUGCUUAUCGAGAUGCAGUGUUUCUGGCAGAAAGACUAUAUGCAGAAGUACACUCAGAGGAAGCACUGUUUUUGCUGGCAACAUGUUACUACCGCUCAGGAAAGGCAUAUAAAGCAUACAGGCUCCUAAAGGGACAUAGCUGUACCACCCCACAAUGUAAAUAUCUGCUGGCAAAGUGUUGUGUCGACCUCAGCAAGCUGGCAGAAGGGGAGCAGAUCUUAUCUGGUGGAGUGUUAAAUAAACAGAAAAGCCAUGAUGACGUUGUUACGGAGUUUGGUGACUCUGCAUGCUUUACCCUCUCAUUACUGGGACAUGUAUACUGCAAGACAGACCGGCUUGCCAAAGGAUCCGAAUGUUACCAAAAGAGCCUUAGUUUAAAUCCUUUCCUCUGGUCCCCUUUUGAAUCGCUAUGUGAAAUAGGUGAGAAGCCAGACCCUGACCAAACAUUUAAAUUAACGUCUUUGCAGAACUUCAGCAGUUGCCUGCCCAACACUUGCACAACAUUGGUGUCUAAUCACAACAUAUCCCACAGACAGCCUGAGACUGUCCUUAUGGAAACUCCACAAGACACAAUUGAAUUGAACAGACUCAACCUGGAAUCCUCCAAUUCAAAAUAUUCCUCCUUGAACACAGAUUCCUCUAUGUCUUACAUUGACUCGGCUGUAAUUUCACCAGAUGCUAUCCCUCUUGGAUCAGGAACUGCCAUAUUAUCUAAACAGGCUCAAAAUAAACCAAAAACUGGUCGGAGUUUACUGGGAGGACCAGCUGCUCUGAGCCCAUUGACACCAAGUUUUGGAAUUUUGCCACUAGAAACCCCUAGCCCUGGAGAUGGAUCAUAUUUACAAAACUACACUAAUUCAUCUUCUGUAAUUGAUGUGCCAUCUACAGGAGCGCCUUCAAAGAAGAAAUUUUGUGUUAUGCAGUCUGUCACCAGGAUAAGCCAAGCGGGAACAAAGUCUGUCUUCUCACAGAGUGGAAAUAGCCGGGAAGUCACUCCAGUCCUUGUUGCACAAACACAGAGUUCUGGCCCACAGACAAGUACAACCCCUCAGGUAUUGAGCCCAACCAUUGCUGCUCCACCUAAUGCACUGCCUCGAAGAAGUUCUCGCCUAUUUACUAGUGAUAGCUCUACAACAAAGGAGAACAGUAAAAAGUUGAAAAUGAAGUUCCCACCUAAAAUUCCAAACAGAAAGACAAAAAGUAAAACAAAUAAGGGAGGAAUAACUCAGACAAACAUAAAUGAUAGUUUGGAAAUCACCAAACUGGACUCGUCCAUCAUUUCAGAAGGGAAAAUCUCCACUGUUGCACCACAGAUCCAGGCUUUCACACUACAGAAAGCAGCAGCAGAAGGAUUGAUGAGCCUUCUUCGUGACAUGGGGAAAGGUUAUUUAGCCUUGUGUUCAUACAACUGUAAAGAAGCGAUAAACAUAUUAAGCCAUUUACCUUCUCACCACUACAACACUGGCUGGGUGCUGUGCCAAAUUGGGAGAGCUUACUUUGAGCUUGCAGAAUAUAUGCAGGCAGAGAGGAUAUUCUCUGAAGUAAGAAGGAUUGAAAACUACAGAGUUGAAGGCAUGGAGAUUUACUCUACAACGCUAUGGCAUCUUCAGAAGGAUGUUGCACUUUCAGUCCUAUCAAAAGAUUUAACAGACAUGGAUAAAAAUUCACCAGAGGCGUGGUGUGCCGCAGGAAACUGUUUCAGCUUGCAACGGGAGCAUGACAUUGCAAUCAAGUUCUUCCAGAGAGCCAUUCAAGUUGAUCCAAACUAUGCGUAUGCCUACACUCUCCUGGGGCAUGAAUUUGUGUUAACAGAAGAACUAGACAAAGCAUUAGCCUGUUUUAGAAAUGCAAUCCGAGUCAACCCUAGACAUUAUAAUGCAUGGUAUGGGUUGGGAAUGAUUUAUUACAAACAGGAGAAAUUCAGCCUAGCAGAAAUGCAUUUCCAGAAAGCACUCGAUAUCAAUCCUCAGAGCUCAGUCUUACUCUGUCACAUCGGAGUAGUCCAGCAUGCAUUGAAAAAAUCUGAAAAGGCUUUGGAUACUCUAAACAAAGCCAUUAACAUUGAUCCGAAGAACCCACUAUGCAAAUUCCAUAGAGCCUCUGUAUUAUUUGCAAAUGAAAAAUAUAAGUCUGCUUUACAAGAACUUGAAGAACUGAAACAGAUUGUUCCCAAAGAGUCUCUUGUUUACUUCUUAAUAGGAAAGGUUUAUAAAAAAUUGGGUCAAACUCAUCUGGCCCUUAUGAAUUUCUCGUGGGCAAUGGAUUUAGAUCCUAAAGGAGCCAACAACCAGAUCAAAGAGGCCAUUGAUAAACGUUACCUUCCAGAUGAUGAGGAACCGAUAACUCAAGAAGAGCAGAUCAUUGGCACAGAUGAAUCCCAAGAGAGCAGCAUGACGGAUGCAGAUGACACGCAACUCCAUGCAGUUGAAAGUGAUGAAUUUUAA